AUGUUGAAAAAAAAGCCAUUAGUUAAAGAGAUUUCGCAGGAGGGGACUUCGCUUCAUAGUUUAGGAGUAGAAUUGAAUGAAUCCUUGACGGAUGAUGAAGAUGGGAGUUUUAAUGAAGAGAGGAACCAUGAUGAGAGCAAGAAUCCGCAUAAAAGGCCGCAUAAAUUGAACAUGCUGCUGGAUAAGCUAAAAGUCAGAUUUCUAGGAAGAGGAAUGUAUAUUGACAUACGAAGGCGGCUAAUUCCAUACUAUAUAUCCGAUAUCAGGGAUGGUCUUACCUACAGGACGAUUCCAUCGACGAUCUUCAUCUUUUUUACAAACUUGUUGCCUGCAAUAGCUUUUGCACAAGAUAUGUUUGACCACACAGACAACACAUACGGUGUUAAUGAAGUGUUGAUGGCUUCUGCGAUGGGGGGAAUAGUGUUUGGUGCAUUUGCGGGUGCUCCACUCUGCAUUGUUGGAGUUACAGGUCCGAUCUCGAUCUUCAACUAUACUGUUUACGAGUUAAUUGUUCCAAAAGGCAUCCCAUAUCUUCCAUUUAUGUGCUGGAUUUGCCUAUGGAGCAUGUUGCUGCACUUCAUAAUAGCGUUUACCAAUGUUGUCAACUUCAUGCGCUACAUCACGAAGUUUUCAUGCGAUGUGUUCGGUUUUUUCAUCAAUAUCGUGUAUAUUCAGAAGGGAAUACAGAUCUUGGACCACCAGUUUAAACUCCGGGGUUCUACGAGUGGGUUUGCCUCAAUCGUCCUUGCCCUACUCAUGGGUCUUUUUGGAUGUGCUGCACACUUUUUCGGCGAUAAGACUGUGUAUCUUCGGCCGAAAAUCCGUGCAAUAUUUAGAGAUUACGGCACUCCUUUGUGCGUUGUCUUCUUUACGGGCUUUAUCCAUUAUGGGGGCGAGCUUUCGAAAGUUGACUUUGCCAAGCUACCGGUUGGAGUCUCUUUUAGGCCAACUUCGGCAGAACAUCCUCAAAACUGGCUUAUUCACUUCUGGGAAGGUAUUUCGGUGGGUGAUGUUUUUUUGGCUCUACCUUUUGGCAUCCUAAUGACUGCAUUAUUCUAUUAUGACCACAACAUCUCGUCAUUGAUAUGCCAAUCCUCCAAAUACCCAUUGAAAAAGCCAUCUUCCUUCCACUAUGACUUCUUUUUGUUGGGUAUUACGACUGGGAUUGCUGGUUUGCUUGGCAUUCCUGCUCCAAAUGGUCUCAUCCCGCAGGCACCCUUGCACACAGACUCCCUAUGCGUUAUCAGGCAUGACUAUAAUACGGGCAAGGAUGUUAUUGCGAGGGUUGUGGAACAGCGUCUCACAAAUUUCUUGCAAGGUGUUCUUACGCUUUGCAUGAUGACCAAACCAUUUUUAAAAGUUCUCGGGCUUAUUCCGCAAGCUGCACUAGCCGGCUUGUUUUGGAUCAUGUCCAUUACUGCCAUAGAUGGCUUGGAUGUGACUCAAAGGUUGCGUUUCCUUUUCACCGACCCUGCCUCUCUAUAUUCGACCGACUUCAGCCCGAAUUUCUACAAAGUGGAACGCCGCUGGUUUAUUCUAUAUCUCAUAUUUGAGCUAAUUGCAUUUGCAUGCGAGUUUGGCAUAACCUGUACUAAAGGAGCCAUUGGGUUUCCUGGUGUCUUGAUUUUCUUCAUGUUUGUUGCGAUGGUGUUUCCUCGGAUUUUCCCCAAGGAUCAGCUUGAUUUGUUGGAUGCACCUGCUGCAGACGAGCUUAUUUUGAAGAGUUUGAGAUUGCCGGAAAAGGUCCAUGAUGAACAUCAGGCAUAG